CUGUCAAAUUCCUGAGAACCCACUCACACCGUUGCUGCGGGUUUUCAUACUCUUCGUAUCAAGCCAAUUGUAUUGACUUCAUAUCAACCCACUCACACUGUUGCUGCGGGCUUUCUACCUUUGGCGCUUUAACCUCCGUCCUCCUUACAUUCAUAUCAGGCCAAUUGUAUUGACUUCUCCAUUUUCAUACACUUGAAGUUAUGGGAGUUGAUUACUACGAUAUACUGAAAGUGAGCCGGAGCGCCACGGAGGAUGAUCUCAAGAAGUCCUAUAAGAGGUUGGCCAUGAAGUGGCACCCUGACAAGAAUCCGGUGAACAAGAAAGAAGCGGAAGCGAAAUUCAAGCAGAUAUCUGAGGCGUAUGACGUGUUGAGUGAUCCGCAGAAGCGUCGGAUCUACGAUCUGUGCGGAGAGGAAGGGCUGAUGGCCACGGAAUUUGGUACGCCGUCGUAUGAGAGUAGUAAUUCGAAUUCUGCAUUUAGGCACAAUCCGCUUGACGCUGAGGAUAUUUUAGCCGAGAUUUUCGGCGGAUCGAGCGGGAAGAAGAGCGGCCCUGAUAGGAAUAGAAGCCCUUAUACGGAGGUUAGGAAUACUUCGGUAAGUGUAAAGCCGGCGGCGAUUGAAAGUAAAUUAGUGUGUAGUUUGGAGGAGCUUUACAAGGGCGCUAGAAGAAAAAUGAGGAUUUCUCGUGUGGUUCCGGAUGAAUUCGGUAAGCAGAAAACUGUGGAGGAAAUCUUAAAAAUAGAUAUUAAACCUGGCUGGAAGAAGGGUACAAAAAUCACUUUUCCCGAAAAAGGUAACCAAGAAUCUGGUGUCGCUCCAGCUGAUCUUAUUUUUGUUGUGGAUGAGAAACCUCAUGCUAUUUUCAAGAGGAAUGGGAAUGAUCUGGUAGUCAAUCAGAAAAUAUCACUGCUAGAAGCUCUUACAGGGCAGACUUUUAGUGUGCCAACCCUGGAUGGAAGGAAUCUCAUCAUCCCAGUGACAGAUAUAAUUAAACCAGGUUAUGAGGUGGUGAUCCCAAAGGAAGGAAUGCCCAUCUCAAGAGAUGCUAGCAAGAAGGGAAACCUUAUUAUUAAGUUUGAUGUCAUGUUUCCGUCGAGACUCACCGAUGAGCAGAAAUCAGAUUUGAAGAGUGUGUUGGGUGGAGGAGCUGAUAAGUAGCUGGAAACUCAAGCCUGAGGUGUGACAACUAUCUCGUAUUCCUGAUCGACAUGGGGUCAAUUAGAUGUAAAUAUGUUGAGUCUCCCACAGUUGAAUUGAAGCAGAAGAUUGUUUAUAGUAGGAAGAAUAUUAAAGAGGUUUGCAAACAUUAUAUUGUUGAUAGUAUAUGAUGGUAGGAAAAACGAUCAUCUUUAAUUCUCUGCUACUAGUUUUGGCACAAGAUAAUGCUUGCCUUCUAAUUGGAAUUUGUAUACAGGUAAUGUGGUGGUAGUUUUUGGUUAAUAUUAAGGUGAAAAACCUUUUGUAUGAUGCCCAUAUUUGCAAGGAUGAAUCAUAAUCUAUUGUAUGAGGUCCA